GCAUCUUCGGCAACGCAAGUCGAAGUUGUUUGAGUGUUGCGGUUUUCAAACAGUAAUGCGUGUUUUCUGUUUUGAAAAAUAGUGAAUUUGUUUGCAGUGAUUGAUGAUGUCGGCGUUGGCACAUAUUAGAUUAGCUAGUGAGCGUGUCGAUAGUACUAUCAGGUCAUAUGAGAGAUCCGUACCUCGUAUAUUGACUCCAGGAGAAAUAAUUACUAGUCAGAGCGGAUGUAUGAGAGGCCAUGGAACAUAUGCAGAAGAUGACAAUCUUAAGGCAUCUGUUGCUGGUGUUGAGGAACGCAUAAUUAAGCUUGUGAGUGUAAGACCACUUAAGAGCCGUUACGUUGGUGAAAUAGGUGACGUGGUGGUUGGAAGAGUAACUGAGGUCCAACAGAAGAGAUGGAAGGUUGAUACUAAUGCCAGACUUGAUUCUAUAUUACUGCUCUCUUCCGUGAAUCUGCCUGGCGGUGAACUCAGGAGACGUUCAGCUGAAGAUGAACAGAAAAUGAGGAAGUGUGAUCUUAUAAGUGCAGAAGUACUGCAGGUUUAUUCAGAUGGAUCACUGUCUUUGUAUACAAGAAGUCUUAAGUAUGGAAAGUUGUCACAAGGUGUGCUGGUGAAAGUGUUCCCAUCACUCGUAAAGCGUCGAAAAACACACUUUCACAAUUUGACCUGUGGAGCAAGCAUUAUACUUGGAAACAAUGGUUUCAUCUGGCUUUGUCCUACUGCCAGUGCUGAUGAAGAAGGGGGCGGUGGCUUCACACAGAACUUAGAAGAGAAAGUAGACCGUGCUGAUCGAGAAGUGAUAGCGAGGCUGCGAAAUUGUAUUUUGGCCCUGGCAAACAGCAAAAUGAUGCUGUAUGACACUAGCAUUCAGUAUGCCUUUGAUGAAUCCAUGAAAUAUAAAGUUGCUGAAUUGUUGCAGCCUGAGCCUAUGAAGGAUGUUGCAGUUCUUACUAGACACAGACUGACUUUGUCUGUGUAAAAAUUACAGUUUAUGUUAACUUUCUGCUAUGGAAGAGCCAUUGCACCAAACAAAAAUAUAUACACACUUGCUUCUGUGAAAUUCUGGUAAGUCCACCAGGCUGUCAGCAGACAUGAUCACACCAAAACAAUUUGAUCAUAGCAAUAUUGUUUCAGUACUCAUGUUAUCACCCAUAUUUAAUUUUGCAGUUGUUAUAUUUUUUAAAGUUUGUAUGAUGACAGUCCUAAAAAUAAAAUGUAUCUCAUAUAAACAGAAAAAAAAAAAGGUUAUGUUAAAAUAAAGCAAGUUCGUAGUUAAUUGUGCAUGUUCCAUGCUACGCCCCACUACAUUUUUAUAAAAG